AUGAAAUCGGACACAGAUGAAACUGUACUUAUUGUACCAGCACAAUCAACAACACCAGCAUAUGUAUUAUAUCCACAUCGAUUUUAUGUCCUGUUUGCUUUUUCAUUUCUUUCUUUUAAUCAAUGUCUUAUAUGGUUAACAUUUUCACCAAUUGCAAGAAGUACACAAAUUUAUUAUGGUAUUAGUGAAUCUACUGUUGAUCUUCUUUUGAAUUGGGGACCAAUUAUAUUCAUUCCAUGUUUACCAUUAACUUAUAUAUUGUUAAAUAAACAUCAUGGAAUUCGUCGUUGUGUUAUAUUACUUGCAAUUGUUGAUUUUUUGGCAGCAGUUAUUCGUAUCAUACCUCAAGUUAUAACAGAUCCAUCAAGUCCACAUUUUAGUUCAAUUGCUUUACCAUUCUUACAUGCUGGUCAGAUAUUAAAUGCUGCUUGUGGUCCAUUAGUAAUGGUACCUGUUUCACAGUUAUCUUGUCUUUGGUUUGCACCACAUGAACGAACACGUGCAACAACAAUUGCUGUAUUUGCUAAUAAUUUUGGUUUAACUGUUGGUUUUGUAAUUAGUCCAUAUAUUGUUUCUUCAUCUGAUCGUGUUCCUUAUCUGCUCUAUGUUCAUUUAGCUUUUGCAUUUGUAGCUUGUGUUCUUGCUCUUCUGUAUUUUCCUGCACAACCACCAAGUCCUCCAUCAGCAGCAGCUGAACUACUUAUUGUGAAUCCAACUGGUGAACAAAAUGGAAAUGCAUGGAAAACAUUCGGAAAAGAUAUUUGGAAAUGUUUAACAAAUCCAUCAUUUGUAUUAAUUACAACAGCCGGUGGUCUUAUUGUAGGUACACUUGAUGCAUGGACAAGCCUGUACGAUAUUAUCCUUGAACCAGAACAUUAUAGUGAAAAACAAGCAGGAUGGUUUGGUUUUGGUUCAUCAAUAGCUGGCAUAGUUGGUGGUUUAGCAUUAAGUUUUCUAGCUGAUACACGUCGUUUUCAGCAUUCAUUAAAAAUUCUGAUUGUAAUUACAAUGGUUGCUUGCUUGUUAUCAGUUUCAUGGUUUGAAUUAUCUGUUCAUACCUUCUUUUAUGAUAAACCAAUUCUACCAUCAACUGCUGUGACGAUUGGUUUAUCAACUGCGUUAAUUGGUUUAUUUUAUGGUGCUUCACAACCAUUAGUAUAUGAAGCUAUUGCUGAAAUUAUGUUUCCUUUACCAGAAUCUUUAUCAGCCUCAAUUCUUGUUCAAUUCAAUAAUAUUGUUACGCUUGUUCUUCUGUUUAUUGCACCUGGUCGAGAUAAACUAAUGAAUCUCCUCGCAUUGAUUAUUACAUUUACUUGUAUUAUAAUGGUAGUGUUGGCACGAUUCUCUUAUAGAAGACGAGAUGAAGAUGAACGAAAACGACUCGAAAAAGAACAAGAUCAGAUCUUGAAUCAAAAUAAUUUGAAUGCAUCGAGAAAUGGUAUUCUUAGUGAACCAGCAUAUGGAACAUUUUCUUAA